CUUCACUACCGAGCUUCUCCCAUCGAUCUCCAAUGGCGGCGGCGUCGCGGCGCUUGCUCUCCUCCCUCCUCGUGCGCGCUCUCCGCCCCUCUCCUCCUCUCCGCCCUGCCGCUGCGGUCGUGCUAGCGCGCCUCGCCCCCCGCUGUGUUCCCUCGCGGCCGAAGACGACUGCGGGGUCGGGCUACUCGCCGCUUAACGACCCUAACCCUAACUUCAGCAAUCGACCUCCCAAGGAGACCAUUCUACUCGAUGGCUGCGACUAUGAGCACUGGCUCAUCGUCAUGGAGUUCCCUGAAGACCCUAAGCCAUCGGAGGACGAGAUGAUCGCAGCGUAUGUUAAAACCCUUACCGCCGUUGUUGGGAGUGUGGAGGAAGCCAAGAAGAAGAUUUACUCUGUUUGUACUACGACAUACACUGGUUUUGGUGCGUUGAUAUCGGAGGAGCUUUCUUACAAAGUUAAAGGAUUGCCAGGGGUUCUGUGGGUUUUACCUGAUUCUUACCUUGAUGUGCCAAAUAAAGACUAUGGAGGGGAUCUUUUUAUUGAUGGUAAAGUAGUGCAUAGGCCGCAAUUUCGGUUUGAUGAGAGACAGCAGACGAGAAGCAGGCCUCGCCCACGAUAUGAUCGGCGUCGGGAGACAAUGCAGGUUGAGAGAAGGGAGACAAUGUAUAGAGGAGGGCCUGGCUCACGGCAAAUGCCUCAGAAUGCGCCUCAUGGAGACCAGACUGUUGUGCCAAGAGAUGGGAAUUAAGGUUUGUUCGAAACUGUUAAUUCAGAAUAUUUUAUGGGAAAAUGUUCGAUUAUUCUGGCUUAUGAAAUAUAAUUGCAUUAUCUGUAGUACAUUUUCUCAUGUCUAAUAGUUAUAUGUGACCAAAAUUGAUCUUUUAUUGUGAUUAGACUUUGUAUUCUGUAAAUUGAAGGAAUGGAACCUCUUUUAUCGCAUUGGAUUGCACUUGUA